UUGCUGACUCUGGAGGAUGUGGCUGUGGAGUUUAACUGGGAGGAGUGGCAGCUCCUGGAUGCUGCCCAGAAAGACCUAUACCGGGAUGUGAUGUUGGAGAAUUUUAACAAUUUGUUGUCACUGGGGUAUCAAGCUACCAAACCAGAUACACUCUCCAAGUUGGAACAUGGAAAAGAACCAUGCAUAAUAGAAAACAAAAUCCAGAAUAGAACCCGUCCAGGAAUCAGGAAAGUUGACAGUCAUCUGCCAGAGCACUCUCAAGACCAAAGAUUUCCAAAGAGCCUGCAACAAUGCAGUGAACAGAAUGCAUUUAGAAAUAGUGUUCAUCUGAGCAAAACUCGUUUAGCCCUAACACAAAAUCAUACGUUUGACUUAUGUAAAAAAGCUUGGAAAUCAAGCUUAUGUUUAGUUAACCAGAAGAGAAGAUAUGAAAUAAGGAACCCUGUGGAGUUUAAUGGAGAUAAGAAAUUCUUUCUACCUGGUGAUCGUGAACAGUUGUAUUCUGGAAUUGAAUUUCCUGAAAGUAUAAAACACAUCAUUGCUAAGUUCCAAGUCCUUAAGCAUCAGAGGACUCACAAAAUAGAGGAAUCCCAGGCCUGCGUUGAAAGUGAGAAAACAUCCAUCAGGAAAUCUCAGCUUAUUUCUCAGGAGAGCAUUCAUAUAGGAGACAAACUCCAUCAGUGUGAUCUGUGUGAGAAAUCCUUCUCCAGAAAUAGCAGUCCCACUGUACAUCAGCAAACCCAAACAGGAGAGAAAACCUAUAUGUGCAGUGAGUGUGGAAAAGGCUUCACAGUGAGGCGCUAUCUGAUUGCACAUCAGCGAACUCACAGUGGAGAGAAACCUUAUGUGUGCAGUGAAUGUGGAAAAGGCUUCACUGUGAAGAGCAAUCUCAUUGUGCAUCAGCGCACUCACACAGGGGAGAAACCCUAUGUAUGCAGUGAGUGUGCGAAAGGCUUCACCAUGAAGCGCUAUCUUGUUGUACACCAGCGAACUCAUACUGGAGAGAAACCAUAUUUGUGCAGUGAAUGUGGGAAAGGCUUCACCGUGAAGAGUAAUCUCAUCGUACAUCAGCGAUCUCAUACAGGGGAGAAAUCUUACAUAUGCAGUGAAUGUGGGAAAGGCUUCACUGUGAAACGCACUCUCAUUAUACAUCAGCGAACUCACACGGGAGAGAAAUCUUACCUAUGUAACGAAUGCGGGAAAGGCUUCACCACAAAGCGCACUCUUGUUAUACAUCAGCGAACUCACACGGGAGAGAAACCCUAUGAAUGCAAUGAGUGUGGUAAAGCCUUCAGCCAGAAGAUAUGCCUCAUACAACAUGAGAGGUGUCAUACAGGAAAGACGCCCUUUGUAUGUACUGAGUGUGGAAAAUCCUAUUCCCACAAGUAUGGUCUCAUUACCCAUCAGAGAAUUCACACAGGAGAGAAACCCUAUGAGUGCAAUGAAUGUGGAAAAGCCUUCACCACGAAGUCAGUACUCAAUGUACAUCAAAGAACUCACACAGGAGAAAGACCAUAUGGAUGCAGUGAUUGUGAGAAAGCCUUCUCCCACUUGUCAAACCUUGUUAAACAUAAGAAAAUGCACAUAAGAGAAAUAGUAGAUUCGGUCAAGUUGGAAAUUCCUUUAACAGAGAGUCACAGUCAUUACUUACGAUUGAACAAGAGCCCCGUUAAUGCAGUGACUGGGGAAAUGCCUUCUGUGGCAGCUAAGACUUUGUUUAAACACCAGUGUUUCUAUCAGAGCAGAACAGUACUGCCUGUUAUCAGAUGGUUCAAAAGUGACCGUUUCGGUGACAUUCUGUCUUCCCCGCGCACGAGCGCAAAACGAGGCUCUUCGCUCUUCAGACGCCCGCUGCCCAAACAUGGCCGCGCCCACGAGGCCACGCUAGAGGGCGCGGCCAAGUUACCUCUGAAGAGAAGUCGGAAAUUCAGGUGUCUUUUUGCGGCAGAAACGUCUUAG